CGUGGUACACAGCAGAAAACAUUACAAAAAACAUUAAAAAAAUCUGUGAAAAUUGUAUAAUAUGUUUGAAAAACAAAACAAGAGGACAAACCAAAUAUGGAUUAAUGUCCCACUUGGGUCCUGCCACGAAACCGUUCGAAAUCUGCUCAAUUGAUACAAUUGGAGGAUUUGGUGGAUCAAGAUCGACCAAAAAAUAUUUACACCUGUUGACAGACCAUUUCACUAGGUAUGCUUACAUUAUGACUUCAAGUACACAGAAUGCAAAUGAUUUCAUUAAGCUAGUGAAAAACUGUGCGGAGACUAACGGCAGCGACAUUGGCAUGAUCCUGUCAGAUCAAUACCCCGGUAUCAACUCUAGAGACUUCAAGGCAUUUCUGGAUGAAAAAAAUAUUCCAAUUAUUUUUACUGCUGUGGACUCAGCUUUCUCAAAUGGUCUGAAUGAGAGAUUAAACCAAACAUUAGUCAAUAAAAUCAGAUGCAAAAUAAACGAAAGUGACGCUAAAAUAGCGUGGACAACCAUAGCACAGAAUUGUGUAAAAAGCUACAAUGAAACAGAGCAUACGGUCACCGGAUUUGCUCCAAAGUAUCUUCUAAAUGGCACCGAUGCUACAAUUUUACCAAAUGAGCUGAAACAUCAAAAGACCAAUUAUGAUUUGACUCAAGACAGAAAAAAAGCUUUGGAGAAUACAUUAAAAUCACACAAUUACAACAAGAUGAUUUAUGAUAAAAAUCGAAGACAUAUAGAUUUUCAAGUCGGUGAUACUGUUUUCGUGGACAAUGGAAAUAAACUUAAUAGGAAAAAGCUUGACGAAUUGAGAAUCGGACCCUAUAAUAUCAUUGGGAAAAUAUCAAACUCAAUCUACGAGAUAAACACGGACCAUAGGAAAUCAGAAUCAAACUUUUUCCACGUCUCGAAACUAACUCCAGCCCCUAAGCUUGAUAUACCUGAUGACUAAGCUUCUCUGGGAGGGGGAGAUGUAAAGAAAAAUAUAAUUUUCUUUCAUUUUAAUUAUCCCGCGCGUCGGGAGUCAUUGGCAGGUCGCAGCAUACACAGAUUGCAUAGUCUGUGGUAGAUUAAAAACCAUAAAAGCUGUCAUGUCAUGUUGAUGUCAUAGCUCAUAAGAAAGCAAUAAAUAAUUAAUACUUUAUUAGCUGAAAUAGCUGAAUAGUGAUUUGAGAAUCGAUAUCGUGAUUAAUAACAUUAAAUGUCGUUUCUUUUCUUACAGAGAAACUCAGUUGUGUUUGAUUGAUCGUGUCGUCCAAAUCACGAAUAGAAAUAAUAUGUUAUA